AUGUAUGGUUUCGCUAAUCGUUUCUCCUCAUCUGGACUCGUGAACGAGAUCAGCCGCGCGCAGGAGCUCUUGCGCGAAGAGGACGGUACUGCGGCUUGGGGUUCAACCGCUGGUCUUAUACCCGCUAAUCUCUCGUUCAACAUGCCGAACGUUGCGGACCCCGCUGCGUUCUUGAGGCUGCACACGGACGACCACGCCGACCCCAGCUGCAAGAUCAAGAUCAAGCACGGCACGACUACGCUCGCCUUUCGUUUCCGCGGAGGAGUUGUCGUCGCGGUCGACUCUAGGGCUAGCAUGGGUAGCUAUAUAGGCUCCGGGACUGUGAAGAAGGUCAUCGAGAUCAACCCUUACUUGCUCGGAACGAUGGCGGGCGGAGCUGCGGACUGUCAGUACUGGGAGAACUACCUUGGCAUGCAGUGCCGCCUUCACGAGCUGCGCGAGAAACAGCGCAUCUCAGUCGCGGCUGCGUCCAAGUACCUCGCCAACCUCGUCUAUAGCUUCAAAGGCUCUGGGCUCAGCAUGGGCACGAUGAUCGCGGGCUGGGAUAAGACGGGUCCUGUGUUGUACUACGUCGACGCAGACGGCACACGCUUGAAAGGAGACCUACUGUCUUAUUUCGACCCAAACUGGGAUAUGUCUGAUGAGGAUGCCCUCGAGCUUGGGCGCCGCGGUAUCUAUGCGGCAGGACAUCGAGACGCCUUCUCCGGCAACUCGGUGAACCUGUAUCACGUCAAAGAGACCGGGUGGGAGUUCGUAGCCAACUAUGAUAUCGACAAGCUCCACUACGAAGGGCUGGGUGGUAGUGGAGGGUACGGGUACGAUGUGCGAACGAACGGGAAGUACGCCUCAUUAGUUACGAUGGAAGAUUAG